AUCCACUGUCUGUAUCCGCAACCUACUCCAUCCUCUCUGCGUCUAUAAAUGUCGGCCUUUCCAUGCCUUGAUUAACUCGCCACUCUCCAUUUUCAUCCUCCUCCUGUUGUUCGAGCAACAGAAGUCCUCAACAGUGCAGUAACUGUCUAUUGUGCCAGUUCGACAUAUUUACUUUUUGGUUCCCGUCGCCAUAGCCCUUAGCUAGGUACUGUAGAUCCUAUAAGCUGUAACAUGUCUGGUCCCCAGCAACAGCCGAUCCCUGCGCCCCCACCCUCUCAAUCGGAGAUUGAAAGGAAGCUCUCCUUCCGCUCUACCGUACCCGCUCGUCCUAUUGACUCUCCUAAGAAACCAAGGAAACUCUCACACACUCUCCCCCAUUCUGCGUUGUCAGGCAAUGAUUCUGACUCUUCGAUCGCAUCUUCCGUGCCAGCUCAGAGCAUUAUUUCUCCUAAUGCUUCUGGCCACCCCACUUCCCCGCUUCUCACCCCGGCUACAACAUCUGUUGGUGGAUUGUCUGCUAUUGCCGAGAACAAGUUUGGUGGCGAUGAAGAAAUUGUCUCGAUGAUGGAGUUGGAGGAUGUAGAGGAAGAAGGCGAAGAGGCCGUUGAAGGCGCGGAGAGCGCGAGUGAAGAUGAAGAAGCCCACGAUGAGCUGCAGAGGGGUAUGGAGGGUCAGAGGGUUGUAAUGAGCGGGUACUUAUACAAGAAGCAAGAAAAGAGAAGGGCUUGGAAAAAGCGAUGGUUCGUCUUGCGUAAUGAAAAGCUGGCAUACUAUAAGGAUGACAAGGAGUAUUCCCUCAAGCGAGUGAUUAACCUUCGCGAGAUCCACACUGUCGCGCCUGUCGUCAUCAAGAAACACCCAAACACUUUCGGCAUUGUUGUGCCUAAGCGUACAUUCUUCGUGAAAGCACCGUCUCCUGCGGAGAUGGACGAGUGGGUUCAUGCAAUUAAUGAGAUGCGUCGAAGGAUUUCGGAGAAGGAAGAAGAGGCAAAGAGGGAUCACCACCCAAAGUCCAUGUCCAUCCCUCGAAACCCACCAACUCUUCACUCCAUCGACACUGUCUCGCCUUCCAACGCAACCUACAUAGGUCCUAUGGUCUCUUCUCCUCAACCCACCGUCUUUUCUCCCUCCAGCCCUAUUGACAACAAUUUGACUUCACGAUUCGCCAAGAUAUCCCUUCCUUCUCGAUCACCAAGUAAUCACACGUUGCAAGGAUCCCAUAUUCCCUCUGGUAUCAGCAGCAUCGCCUCUCGAGGGGUCAGUGGGUCAUCCAAGCGCGAGCCGUCGACCGGAAGUAUAUCCUCUGCCGAUCAUCUUCGCAAUGUACGUCCACCAGUAAGCUCCGAAGAUGAAGAUGAACUCGAAACGCCGGUCGCACCUGCAGACCCGAAAAAAGUAAUUCUGUCGGCGUAUUUGAUGAAGCAGAGCAAAAGAAGGAAGGAUGUGUGGAGAAAGAGAUGGUUUGUAUUGACUUCGUCUGCGCUGGCGUAUUCGAGGAGUCAUAUGGAGACCAAGGCUCAACAAGUCAUCCCCCUUUCAUCCAUCCUCGAUGCUCUUGAAGUCUUGGACACUGCAUCUGACGGAAACGAAUCCGAUCGUCUCUCCGCACAUGGCCACACUCAUCCCGCUCAUUCGAAUUCACACCAUUCUUUCACACAUGCUCAAUCUCCCACCUCAUCCUCACGCCAAUUCAUGCGCGGCCGUUUGGGCUCUAAUUCCACUUCCGCUGAUACACGGCUUUCGAAAGACGAUGAGCACAUCUUCAGGUUGAUCACUGCUAAGCGGACUUUCCAUCUCUGUGCGCCUACGGAGGAAGAUGAAAUCAAGUGGUUGGCAGCGUUCAGGGCUUUGCUUGAACAACAAAGAGGAGAGAGGAGUUCGUCGUUCAAUGUAGGCGGCUCCUCUGCUCAAUCAAGUCAGCAAGCCCAAGCGCAAACACAAGCACAAGCAUUGCCUCAGGGGCAAGGAAAAAGAAUGAGCGUCCCAAUUAUCACUCAGCAACCUCCCACCCCUGGACUGUCUAGUUCCGUAUCUCAUAGCUCAAGCGUACAAGAACCAAUGUCGGCAAGUUCUGUUCUUGAACCACCUAUUCCUGCCUCGGGAGUGGCGUCUCUACCUGCUUUACCCUCAGCGUCCCAAACGGCGUCAACACCAACAUCAACGCAAUCACACUUACAAACUCAGCAGUCUCAAGCUCAAGAUCCCUCAUCGGUUCAGUCUCAAGUAUAUGUAGGAAGCGCGCCUUCUUCCCACGCGGGGCAGAGAGGACGAAGUGCGACAUAUACGGCGAAGAGUGCAGUAGCGGAUGUUGUGAGACGGUUCCAAGCCGAGAAGGAGAGAGAAACAUGAGGGAAAUGCAUGACGGACUUGACUAACGUUUAAUGCGGGGGGUUACGCUUGGCUUAAAUUGCGUGUUGUGCAUACAGUAAAUGUUUCGUUUCUUGUAUGGGGUAGCGAGAAGCGAUUAAAAUAGAAAUUAUGGGUAUCUGCUUCUUUUGAAAAUGGCAUUUUAUGAUUCCCUUCUCUUUUCGGUACUUGAUCAUUGUCCUCAAACUGCAUAAAUGACCCAGUCACAUAUUUCAUUCAAAAAAUGCAUCUUAUACAAGAUUUGACCUACC